CUUCGACUUCUUGCAGCUCGAAGCUAGCGCAGAGUGUUACAGGGCCUCAACUGCAAGAUAUACGAUAUACUUUGGAGCGAAUUGGCCAUCGUGGUUGCAACCAGAAUUGCACGGUGAAACAGACUCCAGAUGAUGUGCGGAUUGUCAAGACGCAGACCGAUAUCGAUGAGCGAGAGUGUAGUUCUCAAUUUUUCUACGUCUUGACACUCUGUUUUUUGCCACACUUUGACGACGAUCUGGGAUAUUCCAUCCUCUAUCUACCGCCCACUGGCAGUUCAGAGAAUCAACUCUAUCCCCCUUCAACCUGGCGUCAUUCCGCUAGGGGAAGGUAGUUCCCACGGACAGUCAAUUACGCUGUCGGAACACCAUCCUUGCGAACGCCUAAGAUGAACUGGCAAUUAUCGGCGCUCUGUCUCUUGUGUUUGAGUCAAAUCUGUCUCGCAGACAAUGGCAUGGUCAUGUCCAUGGAUGAUGGCAUGACUCUUGCCGUAGGGAACAUGCUCUCGUAUCUGCACUUUACGCCAGGAGACACUCUUUGGUUCCUUGGCUGGGUUCCUGAGAGCUCGGGAGCCAUGGUCGGCACAUGUAUCGCACUGUUUAUGUUGGCGGUGAUCGAGCGCUGGAUAGCGGCUUGUCGAGGAGUGAUGGAAUUCCACUGGAGUCAACAGGCGAUUAUCAUUGCGUCGGACAAACUCAAUAUUCUACCAACUCGGUCAUCUCCCAUUGGAUUCAUAAAGCGCUUCACUCCACCCUUUAUUCCUGCGUAUGAUAUCUCACGUGGGGUCAUGUUUGCAGCGCAGACGCUGCUGGAUUACCUCUUCAUGUUGACAGUUAUGACGUUCCAACUAGGUUUCAUAUUCUCCCUUGUGGUGGGGUUCGGUGUGGGAGAAACACUCUUUGGAAGGUUUGGCAGUGUCACACAUGUGCAUUAAAUCUAUGCACGUUCGUUUUUGUAAGUUUAGAAUGGCAAAGUAUUGACUUCCUCUUGGUUAUCGUCAGGCAUGCCAAGCUAGGAUACAGUGUAUGAUGCGGAUAACUUGGAUAUGCUUUCUAACAACACAAACAUAGCACUACUUACCAUGGGUAGGCGUGAGGGCACGAGCAGGCGUGACGAUCGGUGGUAGAACACAGCAUGAGAUAUAGGGUAGUCGACUGUCAGGCAGGAGUUCCAGAGUCUUGUCAUUAUGGACCCCCCACUGGCCCCAAAUCUCACGCUAAGUCUGAAGUAUUUUGUGUAACAUUCAAGGCACCUUAUAUUGAUAAUAUCGAUAACCUCGAUGUGAAUAUACCUAUGG